AUUCAUCAAAACCGGAUAUACGUAAUAUUCUCAGCGCGGUGACAAUUGUUGUAGUUUUCCUGAAAAUGCCGUGAGCGAAGCUGGUAAUUAUUGGUAUUGUCGAAUAACGAUUAUGAAAUGGUGUUUUAUACGCCGGCACAAAUUAACGAAUCGUCCAAGUAGCACGCUAACGAAGAGAAAGUCGCCUAGUUAUGUACGUCAUUAUCGUACGUCGUCGCUUAGUAACAGCGCCUAGCGUCACUCGGAGCAAGUUACUGUAGCCUAUCAUGUUACUGCUUUUUUAACUACAUUGCCUCAUAAAUAUGCUUUCGAUUAUUUGGGUUUCGACUCAAGUGGCAAAAUCUGCUUGAAUUCCCACAUAAUUAUCCAUUAUCGACACUGAACAGAAUGGCUAAUGUAGGGCCACAUUUCCUGUUUUUGCUGUUUUCUUGGACUGAUGCACAAACUUUUGUUUUCCAGCCAUCCAUUAUCGUGGCUACUGGACCAAGAAUUACUGCACUUUUACUUGGAAACACAACAGGCAUCUCUCUGAAUGUGCACACUGUAUUACCGUCUAACGUAAACGGAGGCAUUGAUCCACCUUCGUGUGCAGCUAGUGAAACACAAUGGAUCCUCACGAAGGAACUUGUUGGAAUGAAUGCACUUCGGGUUCAUCUGGGACUAAAUAGAAGUCUGCAAUUGUGUGGCGAAAAUGAAACAGAUUGUUGUCCAAAGCCACUAUGUGUUUUGGAGAGCCUGCAGGUAUCUGCCUGUGUAGGUAACACAUUUAAGGCAUCCUUGCUGAUCCAGGCCAAGAUUUAUGCUCUUCUGCUUCCUGCUAAUCCUGGAUCUGACAAUGAAUCCGUCAUUCCAAACCAAGUGUACCAGCCGCUGGGCUCCUGUCCCUGCGACCUCACUGCUCAACGAUGCAAUAUCCGCUGUUGUUGUGACAAGGACUGUUCGCCUGAAGAGCUGAAGCUCUUUGAGUCUCACUGCCUCCCAGGGCCUUUUGGCGGGCAGCUCUCUCAAGUACCAGAUUAUCAGUGCUCUGCACAGAAAGAAGACUCCCCGGAUUGGUUUCCAUUUUUAUGUGUCAUCUCUCCACCCGAAAACAACCCUUACCUUGGGUUUUUCUACCAUGGAGACAAAAUCAUAGCAAAGCCUCGCCCAUCCUUCGAAGUGCCUAUUUUGUCUGCACCUAUACCAGUUAUUAGCUACAGCCAAGGAAGUCCCAUUUUCACAAUAGACGAUCAGUUGUUCACUAUCCCCCAGAUGGCGCUUGGACAUUGUGUUCACAGUGCGCCGGUUGCUUUUUUGGAGAAUUUUAGUUUUAAAUGUGUAACCCGGCUGCAGUCUUGUCCAACUGGUUACCCUUUACAAAUGCUUCCAUCUGAUUUGAUGACUCAAGUGAACAAUGGACAAGGGGGUGAAGUCACAGUGGAAGUAAUUGAUGAAUUGAUCCAGGAUUUGGCUGGAUUCAUGUCAAGUGCGGAAUCAGUUACAUUUGGUACUUAUACGGUCCAGGAGUGUGCAAAUGUGAAUUUAGCUUUGGACUACAAAUUCUACUGGAAAGGAAAUGGCAUUACAAGAAUUACACUGACACGCUCUGUAGGAAAAGUCACUUUGAAUGGCAAAGUGGCGUUAACUACGAGGUAUUCUGCCGUCUUCCUGUCUGGAGACUUUAUGAGUGAGUCAAACUCUGGAAACCCAGGUUAUCAGGUGACAAGACCAAUCAUUGCAGGAAUUGAGGACGCAUCAAAUGAUACUUUCUCUGUGCAAAGGACAUCCAUCAAUCUUUGGAAACCAGUGAGUGAAGGGCUGUGUUCCACUUCUGGGAAACAACCGAUUCUGUUUGCUGAAAAUUCAACAUCAGGAUGUCAGUUGCCUAUCAGCAUGGACAACAUGACCAAGUGCGAUCUCCUGAGGGAGACUGUUCUCUCCCUCCAAGCAAACUUGAUCAGAGCCACAUAUGUCGCAAAGAGUGGGAACCCAAACUCUCAAACGAAAGCAGACUGGGUGGACAUAAAUUUUAUGAACUCAAGCAAUACGUCUGCAGAUGGAGAAGGCUCAUGCAGCGAGAUUCCGUCCCAUAUUCAUAUCCUCAUUUGGAGUUUAGUCAAUGGAAUGAUUGACGGAAACGCCCAAAGGAAUAUCCAAACGAUACAAGUUCGCUAUACCUUGUCCACCUGGACAUUUGAGUGCGGAGGAGGAGAUUUCUCUCCAUGUGCAGAUCCCACAGAGACCCAGUUAUUUCCUGUGACUGCUUCGGUUACCUUUAUAGACAUUCCUGUCAAUACUGGACCUCCAAAAACCAGAUUCCAGAUCAACUUUACAGAAUACGAUUGCAACAGAAAUGAUGUGUGUUGGCCUCAGCUUGCCUUUCCCGUCACCAAGUAUUACACCGGUGAGCCACAAUACCAGUCAUUGGCCAAAGGCCUUAUUUUGGUCUUCUUCUUCAUCGCUGCAUCAGUUCUUGGCACUCCCUGGAGGCAAAUCCGGCAGGUUUGGAAUAAUUCUGCUCGAUAAACGAGUACUACUAGCACUCCAAGGAAAAUGAGACAGUUGUGUAAAUAGUUACUAAAAAGAACAACGGACUGGUAAUAGUUCCCGAGGUUCGCUUUACCUCCAUCCAUCCAUUUUCUACCGCUUGUCCCUUUCGGGGUCACUGGAGCCUAUCUCAGCUGCAUUUGGGCAGUAGGCGGGGUACACCCUGGACAAGUCUCCACCUCAUCCACGGCCAACACAGAUGGACAACAUUCACUCUCACAUUCACACACACAAUUUGGUCUUGCCAAUCAACCUAUCCCCAGUUGCAUGUCUUUGGAAGUGGUAGGAAGCCAGAGUACCCGGAGGGAGUCACAGGGAGAACAUCCGUACUCCACACAGAAAGACUCCAAGCCCGGGGAUCGAACCCAGGACCCUCGUAUUGUGCGGCACAUGCACUAACCCCUAUUCCACGGGCUGCCUUGUACAUGAUCUAUACCGCACAAAAUGCUGUGUACACUAAACACAGGCCAGAUCCUACGGACAUGCACUGAAAUAAGUCACAUUGCAUUGGCAAUCACACAUAUUGCCCUAGUUGCCAUUGCUGGUCCAUGUACAUACAAUAUAUUGUAUAUAGUGGUUGGUGCACCAUGUUUUAUUAAAAUAACAGAUUAUU